CCUCCUCCGAUCUCAGUCGCUCGUUUUGCCGUGGUCUCCAGACUCCAGGCCCCGCUUCACUUCGCCAUGGAUCCCAACUGCUCCUGCGUCACCGGGGAAUCCUGCACGUGCGCCACCUCCUGCAAAUGCAAACAGUGCAAAUGCACCUCCUGCAAGAGGAGCUGCUGCUCCUGCUGCCCCGUGGGCUGUGCCAGGUGUGCCCAGGGCUGCAUCUGCAAAGGGGCAUCGGACAAGUGCAGCUGCUGCGCCUGAUUUCUGGGAGAGCCUGCCUCCCAUGUAAAUAGAGCAACGUGUGCAAACUGCAU